AUGCCAUCAUCCUCUGCUAGAAGCCCUUUCACACUGGAAAAUAUUCCCUUUGGAGUAAUCACAACGCUCAAAAAUCCUAGCCCAAAGUGUGCUACGGCAUUUGAGGACAGCGCGGUGGAUCUGAGCAGGUUAGAAUAUGACGGGUUCUUUGCCCCAAUCCCAGGUUUUCCCAAAAACGUGUUUUCUCAGCCGAAUCUAAACAAAUUUGCCCUGUUACCUCGGGAAAUUCACGCCGAAGUGAGAAAACGACUGAUUGGAUUUCUGUCCACAGACCUUAGCCAGGAUGAUCUCGAGAAAUAUUUUAUCCCGUUGGUUGAAGUGGAGAACCAAUGGCCUAUGGCCACCGCGAACUUUUCGGAUUUUUACUGCUCUUUAGAGCAUGCUGAGAAUUGCUCGGAACUCUUCGGCAUGAAAGUCAGUCCAAACUGGUAUUCCAUCCCGACCGUCUACAACGGUCGCACAUCCAGCCUGAAGGUAUCAAAGGACCCCAUACGCCGUCCAUGGGGGGUCAUCCAGGAGGAAACGAGUCCAGGCCGCAACCCUGUUAUGUGUCCGACCAGGAAGCUCGAUUUUGAACUUGAGAUGGGGAUAUUCCUCUCGAAGCCACUACCCGCUGGUCAGAUUCUCGAUAUCCGGCAUGCCAAAGAGUAUAUAUUCGGCUUUGUGAUCCUAAAUGAUUGGUCUGCCCGUGAUAUCCAGACUUUCGAAAUGGCGCCCCUUGGCCCGUUCCACGGCAAAGGUUGUGGAACAACUAUAUCGCCGUGGAUUGUCACAUUAGAGGCGCUUGAGGUGACUGAGUGCUCAAGAACGAUCCCGCAGUCCCCGCCACCUUUGUCUCAUCUCGCCUGGAAAGGCCCGGAAGAACGUGCCACGUUUAAUAUUGAGCUAACGGCAAAGAUACUAAGUGCGAUUCUUCCCCUUUGA